AUGUCGAACAUGUCGGUUAAUAGUGAAUUAAGCACGGUCUCUAGUAGUGUAACGUUUGAAGCAGAAAUAAAAAGACUUCAAACCAUAGUGGAUUUUGUCAGUCGCCAUAAUAUUGUAAUAAUAUUUUUUUUUUUUAAUUUACGUAGAACUAUGUACUUUACAACCAAUAACAAUUAAUAUACGAUUUUCUUAAACAGGAGCUUUUAAGAGAAGUUGAGUACCUAAAAAAGAGUUUAACGGAAGUGAAAUCGGUAAAAAAUUGUUUAGAAUUGGCAUUUCAAUCUGAUGAAAUACGUGUUUUGGAAAACGCUCCAUGGUUUGGUCAGUGUAUAAGAAUAAAUAUUUAUUAUUAUUCUUAACAAUUUUAAAUUUAAAUGGCUAUAAUGGGAUAUUUUUUUUUAAGAAUCUUGUCUUAAAAUUGUACAAGACGCACAUACUAUGCUGAACCAUACACAGUUCUAUUCAAUUAGUUGCUCACCCGGUAUGCCAUUUAAUUAAAUUUUAACUCUAUUUGGUUUCUAAUAAAUAUUUUUCUUUUUUUAAGAACGUGUAUCUUCAUUUAAAGGAAAUAUUAUAAACAUCAUUUCUUCUGAACCGAUUGAUGUUAUAGGAUUCACCCAUAAUGUGACUCUGUUCAUGAGUCUUGCAGCUUCCAGUAAAGUGCCCGAUACUAAAAGUGAAACAUUAAUUAUAUUUCAUAAAGUGUUUAAUAACCAUUUUAUUCAUAACCUAUAAUAUAUUUAGAAUUAAUUAAGAAGUGUAAAGAAGUUGGAAACAUCACUAUUAAAAUCCUAAAGGCUUGGAACGCAGUAAAAAAUGCGAAUGAUUACAUCAAAAGACUGAUAAAUAGUGUUAACUAUAUAGAAUCUGUUGUUGCAAUGGAAGAAAACGGUUCGCUAAAUGUAAACGGUGAGUUUAUUUAUGAAUGCAUAGAUGAUUUUACGAAUGAAACUUCUACAUAAUAGGAUAUCGUUAAAUCGUAUAAUCACGAAUUAAUUCUAAAAACCAAUCGGUGAUUAGUAAACAAUUUGUGUAAACUGGCAAGUUCCAAUCGGUUUUAUUUACAAAAAUUAAACAUUCCGUUGUAUUAUUAGGAAAUGUUGAUGUUGAAUUGUCGGACAAUACGGUUGAAAUAAUUGACUACGGAGGUACGAAAAUUGACUACAUUAUCGAUUUAAUGACCAGUACAUUGUCAUUGACGGGACGGCGUCCGUUCAAACGGGAAUUGCCGAGUGAGUUCGAAAACCAAGUUGAAAAGAGAACAAAACGUCUAAAAUUGGAAGGUGGCGUUAUAGUAACGCCUGCGACCAUAAAAAUGAAACGAUCGUGUCCUUAUGACACCGUUUCCCGGGCACCCAAACGAGGGUAUUUAAAACUAGCGUCAUCAAAAACGAUCGGCCCGCGGAAGAAGCUGAUUCCAAACCUUAUCGUGUCAUAG